AUGGCGAUCAUCGCUAAGAGGGUCGAGCACGAGAUAUUGAAUCUUCUUGGGCUGCCGGACAGGCCGAGGAACACGGCCGGCAGACCGCCACAGGUGAAAAGGUCGGCGCCCAAGUUUCUGCUGGACAUCUACAAGAACGCCCUCGGCGAGGACGAGGACGAGAAACCGAUCGGCGAGCAACGGAGCGUCGGCGAGUUCGAUCUUACCGGUCAGGAUCUCAGGGCCAUCGACCAGAGCGACGUCAUCAUGACCUUUGCCGCUCACAAUCAUCAUGUUCCUGGAGUGAGGCACGAGCGUGGAAAAAGGCUCUGGUUCGACGUGUCCGAGGUGCCACCUGGGGAACACAUAAUCGGCGCAGAGCUUAGGCUCUAUCGCAGUAUGGAUGUGAAGAAUCGAAGAAACCGUGGGUCAUAUAUGAUCACGGCUUAUCGUGUCCUUAGGACAGAAGACGGAACGAGAGAGUUGCAAUACGUGGAUGCAGUUAAUACAACCACAGGAAAGGAGGGAUGGCUGACUUUAAAUGUUAGCGAACCUCUACAACAUUGGGUUAAUAAUCCCGAUGGAAAUAAAGGAUUAUACUUGUCGGUCCAUCCUGCAGAUCGUUCCGUGCACGAGAUGAGACCAGAAGACAUCGGGAUCGUCGGAUUCCGAGGUGAUCCUGAUAAACAACCGUUUAUGGUCGGUUAUUUCAAAAGUUCUGGAAUCAGGGAGUCGAAAGUGCGACAGAAACGAGACGCGAGGAGAAGAAAGAAAAGCGAGUCCUCGAGUUUGGAUUAUCGGAAUAAUCCGUACACCGAUCCCGGUGUGCAGUACAACUCGAGGACCUGUAAAAUCCAAACGUUGUACGUCAGCUUCAGGGACCUGAAGUGGCAGGACUGGAUCAUAGCACCGGACGGGUACGACGCAUAUUAUUGCAGCGGCGAAUGCAAUUUCCCUUUGAACGCUCACAUGAACGCCACCAACCACGCGAUCGUCCAAACCCUGGUGCACCUGGUGAGUCCUGGUAAGGUGCCAAAACCUUGCUGCGCCCCGACCAAACUCUCGCCGAUCUCCGUGCUGUAUUUCCUCGACGAGAGCAACGUUAUACUCAAGAAGUACAAAAACAUGGUCGUCAAGAGCUGCGGCUGCCAUUGAUCGUUCCGAGAGAUUGCCGAGUCGACUAACAAUCUCUCUUCCAGUCCUGGAAAUUAAUUUGAUGGAAGAACAACCACGCUGACGGAGUACAGACUUCCUGGUGGAUCGUCGGUGGAUAACAAGAUCUGUUUCUUCUACGCGUCGAUUCGAGCGACCUCAUCUUCGUAAUAGUUUCCAUUACCGUAAAGUACGAUUACUUUGCUCAGGUUAACCUACAACUUUCUAUCAAAGAUGCUUAUUUUUCGCUCUGCAUUUGUUUUAUGCAAUUGCUAUUUUGCAAUGAUCAAAUAUAAAUGUUUGUUAGUUAAUUUUUAACAGCAAACCUACCAACAUAUAAUUUGUGUUUAAUUUGAAAUUAAUGAAAUUGUUACUUAAUAAUGAAAUACUUUGUUUCGAUGAAAAUCUACGCAGGUUUCAAGACAUUACCUUAACAAAUUGUGUGACAUAAUAAGAAACUUGUAAACUGGACAUUUCAUUACUUUUGUAAUAUUAGUGUUAACGCAUUGGUUAACAAAUUUUUAGCUCAUCGAUCAAAGAACUUUCAACCCAUCAUUAAAACAAUUUUUAACUGGUCGGUUAAAAAAUACCGAUGAGUUUACUUAACCAGUUAACUGCGGGGUUGUUUUGAAAAAUUCUCACGAUAUGGAGAAUUAAAAUCAAGCAUGUAAGGAGAAUUAAAAACCGACGUGACAAUGUGCAAAAAAAAUAAUGAAUUUUUUGUUCAUAAAAUACAUGUAAAAUACAUUGCAGCUCUAUUGGUAAUAUAAAGGUAAUAUACCACCAACUGACAUUUCUGUUUCAUCUUAUUGAAGUUUCGGGUUUUUACAGUCAAUGAUAAUUUUUUAUUUUGUAAGACUCGUAUACAGGUCGACUAACAUCAGGAUAAAGUUUUGCAUUCACGACCAUAUACGUAGACCGUAGUUAACUGUUUAAUUUCACAUUAUCCAUUCUUUUAUAAACAACGAAAAUAAAUAGUUUUCUGGUGCAAAUAAAUUAUCUAAAUGAUAUUUUAUCGAAUUUUGUCGCAGACAAAAUCUUACAUGAAAAAAUUUUAUCCUGUAUUUUCGAACUAAUUUUUUAUGUAGAAUCAUCAACUGUUUGGGUGUACCACGGGGGUAGUUAUUGCCUACCCCUGCAGCAGAGUAGAGUUUUUGACGUGUAUACAUCGACCGCAAUUAACUGGUUAAUAAUCUGUAGAGCAGCAAGAAUCAUUUUCUAUCUUUGGAACAAAGUUACGUUAGCCUAAUCAAAGUUACCUCGAUUUGAAGAAUUUUAUUCUUCUUCGAAAUAUGAAAGUCUCGAAGUUGUGAACAUCUUGAAGUUCACCUUAAACUUCGAAUUUCUAAAGAUGUACUGAAAGUCUUGUAGAUUUGUUUUGUCUUAUUGCGAAGUAUGUGUACAGUGUUUGGAACAUGAUCGCUCGAGUCGAUUAGAUACAGUUUGAUCAAACUUAAUAUAGCAGUGUCUGUACGUUCGUGUGUGAAGAAAAGUGAACGACAAACUGAUCGAUGGUGGAUCUAUGCGACGCGAAAGAACAUCGGUCGUCUGGUGCCAAAUUUCGACUAGUAGAUAGUGUAAUUCACGAAACAAGUGCUUCCGUACUAACGAUCGCGAGAAUUUCAAGAUGGGAACUUUGAUCGACAAAGAGGUGCGAUCCGACAGGUGGUUUAGUGGAUAUUUUGUAAUAUAUACGUGUAAGGUGCGGCUAAAUUCGUUAGACGGGAGAGAAAAGGGUGAUACCUGGUGCGAAAAUGUCGAAAUUAUGAAACGCGUUGAAAGUUCGUGAAAUAUGUAAAUUUCCAAGCAUGGUUGAGUUUUAGAGGGAAAACGGUGACAUAAGUGAAAGAGAUCCUAUACGUUCGUUGUAAGUAAUGCACUAUGAACAUUCGUUGAUUGAAUGAAGUUUUAAUAAUUUGUACAUUUUCAUAUUUUCAAAAUUCAGAAAUUUAAAAAUGAAAAAAUUCAUAAAUUCAGAGAUUUACAUUUUUAAAUUUAUGCAUUUUAUCUCCUAAAAUUGAAGAACAUUCACAAUGCACUCUGCUAUAUACUCGUUCCGACAGAAAAACAAAAAUUAUACUAAUUGUGAGAAGAAAAUAAAUUCAAAGAUAAAUUGCUUUUAAACGCGUUUGAUAACACGUUAAUUAAAAGCAAUAAUUUUUAAUUUACAUUAAGUAUUCAAUAAAAAGAGGAACUAUUUCAUUCAAGCCUCAAACAACUUUAAAUACUAUGAGUCACGCAUUUUAAUGUUUCGUAUUUCUCAACAGACUUUUAAGUGACACUUAAGUUUUAAUAUAAUUAAUUUUUGUUCACGGCAAAGUAUAUGAUUACUAGAUUUUGAAACCUAUUCACUCAAAUAUUACAAUAUUCUACAAUAUUAAAUACAAUUAUCUUAUAAU